CGUGUACCGUCUAUUUUAUGAAGUGCGUUAGCGCGAACGAUCGAUCGAUCAAGGGUCGCGUUUGUCUUUUCGCUGAUCCAUGAUCACAUCUGGUGGCUCGUAUCUUAGCCAUACCAUACCAGAAACCACACGUAGGAAGGAGAUCGCUAGAGCGCUCUUGCACCGUCUACGCGAAAGAGAACCACGCGCGUGAAACGAAAGACUUGGCCGGCGGGCAAAGCGACGAACCUGCUCGCAUCGAUUGGUGCGGGAAUUUGACGUUGCUGAAAAGUGCCGACUGGCACGGCGCACGUUUGACGGUUGGGGCAGCUUACGUGCGCGCUCUGUGAGGAUAGCGCGUGCACGGUGGACGUUGUACCGGACGGGACUACUCCGAGGUCCGCAGUCGCACGUCGUGAGUGCCAUCGGUAGCAUCUCGCGCGAAGUGAAACGCUAGUUCAUCUCAGUCGAGCUGGAAGCAUUUUUGUGGCUGGAUCCGUUGUACGCGUGACUACUGUACUGUACCGUACGCUAGCCUGUGGAAGUGUGUCGAUGUGAAUGAGAGAUUUGCUUUUAGUGACACGAAUCAGUGAAUAUCAACAUGCGCGAUAAGCUGCUGCUAGUGCUCGGUGCGUGCUGUACGCUGGCCUAUCUUCAGGUGGCCAGAAGCGAGCUGAGUGAUUAUGAAAUCGAUUACGAUGAGGAAGGUUUUUGGAUUGGCCACGGGCUAGGCAAUCGCAAGGAAGGCGACGAAAUCCUGAAGGUGCUGCACAAAUCGGUUGGCCCGUUCGUCGAGCCGCAAAACGUUACCGUCGUGGAGAAGUUUACUGCGGCGGACGGUGAAAGUAUUACGUUUACACAAUUCAACUCAUCUAAGGUGCUAACAUACUUCCACGAGGUGGUCCUGGAUUUCAAUCCGAAAAACUUCUACAUCCGGCUGAAGCUGUUCAACAUUACCAGCUUACGGCUGCAGCGAACGGUGUACGGGUUUCGAUCGAACGCAAUCAAACCGGAUGUGAGCUAGAAAUGGUCUCCCCCUGUACGCCAUAAUGCGCUGCUAACCAGUAGGAUUUAGUCGCUGUUUUCCGUAAUAAGUUAACUGUUGGUAUUGUAAAGAUUAAGCUUAGUGCAUAAGGAAUAAAACCAAAAAUCUCUUACAUCACUCAUUAUGUAUGCGUGGAA